AUGGCAAUUUCAUGUUUUGUUUGUGGAUACACAGAAUACUUACCUGAAUUUGCGGUUGGUGAGAAAUGGGACGAUAUCAAGGUAGGAGGAGAUGGGUAACUGGACCCUGAUCAGGAGGAGCAUCGGUCAGCUCUCAAACAGUAGAUCGAGGAAAGUGGUGGCGGUGUCUUGUCAGCUUUUGAUUUCACGACCACCAAACGUAUCUUACAAACUGCAGUUGGAGGUGAGAUUUGGAGACCGAAGGACUCCCAGGGAAAGCCGCCUGGUCUCGGAAUUAUGCCUGGAAACGCAGUGACAUUCGUUGAAAACCACGACACUAUCAGAAUAGACCCGUGGCCUUUUCCUUCGGAUAAAGUCUUGCUUGGUUACGUUUAUAUUCUUACUCCUCCAGGCACUCCUUGCAUUGUAAUAAUGUGAUGUUUAUUGUUUGGCAUAUCCAAGCUGGUGGCGAUUAGGAAUAAAAAUGGCAUUGGUAGCUAAAGCUCUGUCAUGAUAAAAGCGGCAGAGCCGGAUCUUUACUUGGCAAUGGUUGAUGAGAAGGUGAUCAUGAAGAUUGGGCCAAAACUGUAUCAUGGUGAUAUUUAA